AUGUGGGAAGUCUUCAAGCAAGUGAAGAUUAACUUGCCCCUGUUGGAUGCUAUCAAGCAAAUCCCCCCCUAUGCAAAAUUUCUCAAAGAUUUGUGCACUCAAAAGCGCACUUCUAAAAAUCAUUUGCCAAAAAAAGUGAGGUUGACUGAAAAUGUUAGUGCUAUUAUUCAGCACAGCACUCCACCGAAGUAUAAGGAUCCGGGUGCCCCCACAAUCUCGUGCGUCAUUGGUGACAGCAAAAUCGAGAGGGCCCUCCUUGACUUAGGAGCUAGUGUGAAUUUAAUUCCAUACUCGGUCUACCUACAACUUGGUUUGGGCGAUCUUAAGCCGACUUCCAUGGUUUUGCAACUUGCCGAUAGAUCGGUCAAGCAUCCACGAGGUAUUCUUGAGGACGUCAUCAUCAAAGUGGACAAAUUCUACUUCCCGGUAGAUUUUGUGGUUCUUGAUACGGAACCAGUCCAUGACCCAAAAAAGCACAUUCCCGUGAUCCUUGGUAGACCAUUUUUAGCUACGGCUAAUGCAUCAAUUAAUUGCCGAACCGGGGUGAUGGACAUUGCUUUUGGAAACAUGCAAGUCAAACUCCACAUCUUUCAUGCAACUCAACAUCCCUCCAAUGAGGAUGAUUGUUUUCUUGUGGAUGUCAUUGAUGAAGUGGUCGAAGAAUCUCUCCCCUUCAUCCUAAGCAAAGAUCCCCUUGAAACUUGCAUGUCUCAUUUUGACUUCUCAAACUUUGAUGUUGAUCAAGCCAUUCAAGAAGUCAAUUCCUUGCUUGAUAUUAAUGCUAUCAUGGAUGUACCUCCUUGGAAAAUUCCAAAAGAACCACUUCCCCAACUUUCCACCACUCCUCCGGUCCCAUCAUUGUUAUCUCCGCCACAACUUGAGCUUAAGCCGCUCCCGGCCCAUCUCAAGUAUGUGUUCCUUGGUCCAAAGCAAACCCUUCCGGUCAUUAUUGCCUCGGACCUUCAAAAAGACCAAGAGGGCAAAAUUCCAGCUCAUUGGUCCAAACAAGAGAGGGACCGGUUUUUCUCCCAAGUCAAGCAUUUCUUUUGGGAAGAUCCGGAAUUAUUCAAGUAUUGCCCGGACCAAAUCAUCCGGCGAUGUAUUCCUGAAACCGAGGCUUACCGGACAGCUUAUAAGACACCCAUUGGCAUGUCACCAUAUCGACUUGUCUUUGGCAAAGCAUGUCAUCUCCCGGUAGAAUUAGAGCACCGUGCUUAUUGGGCCGUAAAAAGGUUCAAUUUUCCAGAGCCAGAGCAGAUACAUGACCAAUCAGAGGCAGAUACAGCUCAGUCCCCAUCCGCUAACUCUAGACUACAGUCUUUAGCUACCGCAUCAUCUUCUUCAGCUGAGGCUGAGCAUGUACCAUCUCCUUUACCACCACCGAUACAGCUAGACUUGGUCCCUGAGAGACCUGACAGGAGAUUCUCACGCCUUCAGGUGGCGCAUGAGUUGGUGUUCAACAUUUCUUUUUUCUCCCGAUAUAUACUGACCCGACCAGCUUAUGAUGAUCUUGACCGUAGGGGUCUUUCAGCUAUAUUUGCCCCAGUCACUUAUCCAGUUUAUCGACGGCGUGUUCAGUUAUUCUACCAACAUCUCCAUCCGGCCCCGGGUAACUUAUCAGUGCUGCAGACCACUAUCGAUGGUUACCCCAUCCGGAUCACAGUUGAUAUUCUAGCGAGAUCAUCCCGAUGUCUUCAAGUCUGCCCUCUCGAUGUUCAUUAUCCUAUUUUGGAGAGGAGGCCUUCUUACACAGACAUAGCUAUGGCACUCACAGGCCACUAUGCAGAUGGCGAGCUUUUCGCCACUUGGACUUAUCUGUCUGAUGAGCUAUGGUUCUACGAUUCGGUCCUAUACCAAAACGUAUUUAUGGGGGGCCAUAAGAUCCAGAGGCGGUUUGAUAUUCUAGUUGCUUUGUAUGGAUUCUACACCGACCAUUGGGAUUGGGAUAAGAGUUACAAUGCUCUAAUCAAGAGUUUGCGCAAGGAGGCAGUUUUAGCAGCUGAGGAGCUUGAGAUAGAGGAAAUGGAGCAGACAGCAGCUGUAGCAGCAGCAGCCGAUCUAGCAGACCCACCAAUGACUGCUGAUGUGCAUAUGGAUAUUGAUUUAGAGCGAGAGCCGCCAGUAGAGGAGCUUCUGCGUCACUCUCCGGCAGGGUUGCCAGUUCAUUCUCAGGAGCAGACUCAGGACAUACCGCAGUUUCAUGAUCUAGUCAUACCUGAGGCUCCAACUCAGACACCUGGCCUAGGAGAGCGUUUCUAG